AUGGGUUAUAACAUUUUCAGAAAUGAUCGAGUAGGAAAACCUGAUGGUGGAGUAUUAUUAACAGUAAAACAACAUGUUAAAUGUCGAGAAAUACUUAACAAAACAUCACACAAAAAUGACGUGAUAGCAGUAGAGAUUGAAACACAACCAUUCAAAUCAAUACUGAUAUCCUCCAUUUACGUACCACCACAAGCAAAGAUUGAUCUUGGUAUCUUCCAAGAACUUUAUGACAUCAACAACAACUGCAUUAUUGUAGGUGAUCUGAAUGCAACAUUAAAUGAAAUGGGGUCAAGGAAGACACAUGCCAAAGGAAGACAGCUGCAAGAAUUAAUCAAAGAAGGUUUUAUUCAAUGUGUUGAUGAUGAUAGUACGACAUUUGAAAAGAAUAAUUAUGAAGAAAAACUCGACUGGAUACUAGUAAGUCAACCACUUCUGUCAUUCAUAUCAAAUGUCGAAACUCAUCCAACAAUCGGCACUUUAAGUGGACAUAAACCAAUAACAUUUGAUAUUCCAAUUGGAGUUGAACCAAAACCUACAUCUCCAAGAAUAUCUUUUAAUUUUAAAGCAGCAAAAUGGUCAAAGCUUAGAAGCAUAUUAGAUCAACAACUGAUGCUAUGGAAUAAUGAUAGACCCUUUGUUACAACAUUAGAUAUAGAAGAAUAUACAUAA